AAACUCAGCUGAGUUUUUAACUCAGCACUUAAGUUCGAUCUCAGUUUGUUUUUUUAUGCGAUGUAAGCGGCCUUGGCGCGAGAUUUGACUUCCGUUUCCAAUGUAAACACGGAUGCGCGUGAUGUUACGUUUUGUCGUCUGCUAACAUAUCCGCGAUGGCUGAGAGCAAACGGAGGCCGAAUUGGACUGAAGAAGAGCGAAUUUUAUUAAUUGACAAUGUGAACCAAAUUCAACAUCGACUGUUUGGAAAAUUUAAAGGAUGCGGCACAACGAAGGGAGGAAAAAUCAAAGAACAAGCCUGGGAGGAGGUGGUGAAUGCCCUAAAUGCAAAAUCAGGAGAGGUCAAAAGAACAGUUGAGGAGGCAAAAAAACAGUAUGCCAAUCUGAAACAAAGAGCCAAAGACAAAUCUGAUGCCAUCAGACGUCCCAAAACUGGUGGUGGGCCAAAGCCAGUCUCGCCCUCAUUUGCCGAGACGUUGAUCAUUGAAAAUCUACAAGAUCGACCUACCCUGCAGGGUUUGUUAGAUGGCUUUGACACUGAAGAUUUCAGUGGAACACUAUCUGCAACAACUGCAUCAGAGGAUCUGGGGUUGGGCAUGGACAUGUUGUCAAAUGAGCCCAAUUGCCCGGUGCAACUGGAUCUUGUGAUUGACAAACAGGGAAUCCUCCAAGUUCCAACCCCAAGUCCCUGCAAUGGUCCUUUCAAGGAGCCACCCCCCCAAAAAGCUAAAUUGCAUGAGGAAGAAAUUCUUACCCUCCGGGCCGAAAAAGAGAAAUUUUUACAAGAAACCAUUACAUUAAAAGAACAAGCAGAAUACUUUAGAUCCAAAAACAUCAUUGCCAAAUUAGAGAAGGAAAAGUUAGAGCUGGAAAUACUAAUAUUAAGAAAGAAAUGUGUAACAUUAGAAGAAGAGUAAAAUGAAAUGAAAGUACAAAAUAAAGAACAUAAAGAUAGAUGUGUAGUAAAGUUUCAAGAGAAUAAUAAUUUAUAUUAUAAUAAGAAUUAAUAAUUAUGUCAAUAGCUAUGUUAAUUGCUAAGAUAUAUAAAUACAUAAUACAAGAAAAUUUGCCUUUUGGAAAAAACAAUUUGGAAUUCAAGGAAAUAUACUGAAUGUGACUCGCUGAUCUGGGACAUGUAUAUGGGGGAAGGGGGAGGGGGUGUGCUAAGCUGUGUGAACUGGUGUCUAGGUUGAAUUUGCGUGAGAAUAUGUGUCUGUGGAGUGGG